CGUGGCGUUUGCUGAUGUGUUUAGAUUUCCCUUGGACUUCCCACAGUUACGCUGUUACCUGAUAACUGUCAUUUCUGCUUUACUUGAUCUCAUUUUUUUGCCCCACACAUUACUAACACCACUGGGCAGUAUUUCCUUUAGCGGAUCAAGAUGAGGCGCCCCGGUUUGGGUGAAGGAGGCUCUGGGAAUUAUGUGGCAAGUGGAUACAGUAUGCAUGAAGAGGAAAAUGAACAUCUACAGGAGGGACUGAGAGCCAAAGUCAACGCUUUGAAAAGUCUGUCUAUUGACAUUGGAACGGAAGUGAAAUACCAGAAUAAAAUGCUGGAUGAUAUGGAUACAGACUUUGACUCAACAGGCGGCCUGCUUGGCGCCACCAUUGGUAGAGUGAAGCAGCUAUCCAGAGGCAGUCAGACCAAACUUUUGUGCUACAUGCUCCUCUUCUGCUUUUUCGUCUUCUUCAUCCUGUACUGGUUCAUCAAGCUGAGGUGAUAAGAGGAUCCUCCUGGAUUUGGCCCUUUUAACUUCACAUCUUCCUCCCCAGUCUAUGCCAUGCUGAUGUAUCUCAAAACUAGACCAACAUAACGAUGAUGAGGAAAGGCAGGGAUUUUUGUGUCUCAGCUUUACUGGUUCCUGUGAGCACUUCAUACAAUGACCCCAAAAUCAAAAUUGAGCCAUGAAAGGAAUCUCGCUGAUGCUAUUUGAUGGAGUCCUAACACAUUACAACUUGUGCAAAAGGUCCGAGCUGACUAAUGAUCACGUGAAGGUAUCAUAUAUACCAUAAGUAGACAGUGCCAGUAUUUGUAUGUACAUGAUAUCAGCCCAAUUCACCUGAAUUGAGAAGAUGCAUCAUAACAUUAAACAUAACUGGAGAACAUACUACUGUGUCAAGAAUCUUAAAGCAGUAGUGUGCAUAUUGAAUGGUAAACAGCAACAAAUCUGUGGAUUCCUUUAUCAAACCACUCCUGUGUCAAAAGUGAUUAAGUUAUAGAAUGCUAGCUGAAACAAAUAAUUGUAUUUGCUUUUAAGAAUGAAUGGAAAUAUUACAGCAUUUCUCAUUCAUACAAAUGAUUAAUAGCAGUGUACGUCAUUACCGUUUAAGUUUUGUUGUAAAAAUGUUUUUUAAUGUAAAUAAAGACAUUUUAAGCUCUGAA